AUAAAUAUUGCAGCUAGAUGCCCGGGCGACAGAUUGAACAAGACUCUUACAGACCAAAAACCUAUUCUAAACUGUUUCGUUUGUCAGAUAAGAUGAUCAUUUCGGUUGCCUUUAUUGGUCUGAUGUUGGCCUCCCACCUCCCGCCCUCCGAGGCCGCUUGCAAGCCGAUAUGCAAUAAUAGGCCGGACGGCAGCUUAGUUCCCGAUCCAAACAAUUGCCACUAUUACUACAUCUGCCUCGAUGACGGGACAGGAACAGGAGACACUGAGCCAACACCUGUCUCCUUCCCUUGUCCGGACGGUGAAGACUUCGACUCGCACAGCUACUCCUGCAGGAACCCGGGAUCCUCGAACUUUGAGUGCGACAAGUCCUGCUUUCCUUGCCGUUACUACUGUCACGAGAAGGAGAUCAUUGCCGAUCCGUGGCAGUGCGGUACCUACUACUACUGCACUGAUGGCACUCCCAGCCAGGGCCUCGACUGUCCCGCGGAAAAGCCCUACUUCGACGGCGACACCUGCCAGGCGGACGAGUCCAGGUGCUGUUCCUGCAUCUCAUACUGCUCCAGCGCCGACUUCAAGCGCCUGGUCGCCGACGUGCUCGACUGCACCAGCUACUAUUACUGCAACCAAGUGGGACCCGUCGAGGAAAAGUUCCACAGCCAGUGUCCAGUCGGGAACUUCGACGUCAUGCACCAGAGAUGCAGCGAGACCAUUUCCUGCUUCUCUCCUUGUCAACAAUAAACAGCGAAUCUCCAUUA